UUUUGAUGAAGUAAAAUUAUCGCAUGAUUUAUAUAUGAAUAGCGAACAAGAAUAGUUUGUUUUAGUUUGUAUUAGUAUGUUUUAAAUAUAUUAAUAAAAUAAUUUUAUAUAUCCAAUUAAUAUUUAGUAUUUAUAUUAAUAAAUAAUAUGUGUAUGAUAAUUGAACAUUUAAAACAUGCCCAUAACAAAAACUUUAUCAUUGUGAAUGAAUAUGAAGCAAAAGCAAGAUAAAGAAGAAGUAUUCAAUUGUUUACAUUUAUUGCAAGAAUGAUAGAAUAUAUUAUUGUGUUACUGAUUUAACGUGAGAUCCGUAAAUGGAAAAUAAAUAGUAAUUUCAAUUAAAUUAUUGGCAUGCAAGCUACGAUAUAAACUAAUAAUUAAUUAUGCUACUUGAUGAGAAUGUACAAAAGUAUAAAAUACUUGCUGAGAAAAUCUAUGAGCGAUGCCAGGAACUACAAAUAGAGAAUGAGCGUUGUGUGCUACGCAUAAACACAGUUAAAAAACUUUUGCGUAGACGUACCCGCGAUGUGGAGUUAUUGAAGCGUCGUCUUGAUAAGCAUAAUGAUAUUUGGCGACAAUUACCCAUGGUGGCACCACAUCCAAAACGUAAAAUCGAACAAAAACGAGGGCCUAAGCCAAAGCCAAAAAACCCUACCGAAGAACCAACUGAGGGAAAAGUCAAGAAGGUACGAAAACAACGCAUGAAGAAGACUAUUGCUCCACAACGAAACAAUGUUGAGGGAAGUAUACAGCCCUUACCACAUUUCAGCGAGCAUCAGGAGAAACAAUUAUUACUGCAACAACAAUUUGUACAAUACAAACAAGAUAUUUGAAUCUAGAUUUAUGUAUUUGAUUAUUUUAAUGUGAUUUUCCCAAGCGUACAUAUGUAAUAUGCAAAUAUUCAUUGUCAACCGAACAUAACAGUGAAACGAGCUCCAUUUAGAACUGGUGAUAAUCAGUUAGAAUUUUAAAUGAAAUAAAAAGAUUCGUAUUUAUUAACAUAUAAUAAUACCAAACACUAUCAAAAUCGCAAAA